CGUUACUAUUUGUGCAGUAUAUUAUGGCAACCAUGGCGUCAACAAGUCACCGUCUUUCUGCUUUUACUUCAACUUGUAUUAAAGCGCCACUUAAUCCGAAAACAGGACUAAGUUCAACCUUACACGACAGAAAAACAACAGUUUCUUUUAAUUUUGAUGAUUUUUCUAACGAAAUAGACAAAGCUAAGUUAUUAAAUUCUAGAAGUUUCACCGACAUGAUGAUCAAUGGUUCUUUGUUGGGGGAACAACAAAAUGAAAAUCUUGUAGAUGGAAACCAUUCUGACUGGCGACAGUCUAUUCCUUCAAAGGAAGAGGAAUUUUAUAUUAGGUUACAGCAGCUUAAAGAAGAAAAUAAGAAAACACUUGAUGCUUAUACUAAAUUAUACCAAGAAAAAAUAAUUACAGAAGGUAUUCAUAACAGUCAAUCACUUGAUUUUCAAAUUGACAAAUCUGGAGUGGACAGGGAUGUUGAUAAUGAUAAUGCAUUUUUCAGUGUAAGUAAUGCUAAUGUACUAACAUCUCCAGUGACUAAAGUAACCAAAAGUAAACCACCUACUGGUAAAUCUAAAAUUGCUGGCUCUGAUAACCCCAUUCUCAGUAAAACGCUGCCCCAGAAAUCAAUCACAAAUGUAAAAAAGCAAAGGCCUAACUCAGCUCCACACAUGAGACACUCACAAAGCCUCGAUGACAAUGAUUGGAAAAAUAUAUUUGAUAGGCCAAAGGAACUAAAAUAUGAUGAAAAUUUCAUUAUUUCUACUGAGACAGACCAAGGCUUGGAAAAAAUAAAAAAAUUGUGGGAAGAUUUUAAAAUUUCAGAUUAUCCUGAACGUCGACAUUCUUUCUCUUCACACAGACACAAAGAUAAUUCAAACAAAAAAAAAGAAUGGCGCCACCGAAUUACCAUCCCACAACCGUUUACUAUGUCUCUUAGAGAAGCAUUGAAAGAAAAGAAAAAGACUAAAGCACAACAAGAGCUUGAAGAGAGAAGGCUGGAGAAGCAAAAACAAGAAGAGGCAGAAUGUGAAAAAAAGUUUAAAGCUCAACCAGUCCCCUCUCAUGUUUAUUUGCCUAAAUAUGAAGAAAUAAUGGAAAAAAAUGAAAGCAGAAGGCAAUAUGUCAAACAAUACUGCAAAGAGCUACUUGAAUCUCAGGUUAAGCCAUUUCACUUUGAAACAAGAGAAAAGGAAAAAAAAAUGCAGCGUGCUCAUUCAGCACCUGUUAAAAGGACACAGGUUUUUAAAACUACUUUUAAGGCAAAGCCUGUUCCUAAACAUAUCUUUAGUCCUGAGAUUGAUGAAAAAUUUUUGGAAGAAGAAGAGCUACGUAAGAUCAGGGUCAGAAUGAGAGCCAAAGAGCUUCUUCAUGAAGCAGCAUUACCACCUAGUAUGGCAGAGAGGGAAAAGUUGAAAGAGAUAGAGAAACAAGAAAAAGCCAAACAAAUUAAAAUGGCAGCAAAGAAAAAGUCAGUAAGGUAUGCACAUAAUAUACCAGACUAUGAUGCUUUGUAUAAAGAUUUUCAAAAAGAAUUAUCAAGACGUAAAGCAACUAAAGAAGGAACUGUUGUAGAGCCAUUUAAUUUUGAGACUGAAAGAGUUCAUUUGCACCAAGCAAAGAAUAUAAAUGACAUUGAUCAAGAUGAGAGAAAUUCAAAGGAAAACCAUUUUCCACAUCAGAUUUCUAGGACAACCCCAAGAAGUGCUCUAAAGUAUUUAGGUGUACUUUCAAACUCUCUAGACUCUAUUCCAGCCCUUUCAUCAAAAGCUGCAGAUCUGAGAACCAUCAGGGCCAAAAAGGAACAAGAAAGAAUAAAUCAUCGCCUAGCUGAGGAGGAAGAAGCAGAAAAGAGAAGGAAAGCUAGAGAGUCCAAGCUGAGGCAAUAUUUAAAAGAAAAAACAAAUGCUAAUGAUAUUCCUAAUCCUAGAGACUCCAUAGCUGAAAGAUUAAAGAAAAAAAGACAGGAAGAUAGAAUUCGACAGGAAGCUUACCAAAGAGAAAUCGAGGAGAUGAAGCACAAAAUUGAGAAAUCACCACUUUUGGUUGAGAAAUACAUGGCAGAAAAAGCAAAGAAAGAUGCAGAAAAUAAGUUCAGUAAGGUACUUAAGAGUGCUGGAUUGAAUGAUAGACAACUAUCAAGUUUCAGAGAACCCUCAAGCCCAGGUCAUAAUUUAGAUGCUAGCUUCAAUGAUACUGACAGAGACUUUGGGUGCACCAAUCAGUCUGACAUAACUUAUACUAAGGUCACUUCAGAUGAAGAAUAGAAGACAGACCUUUUAAAAUGAACAAGAUAUUCUUUAACUUACUAUAACUCUACAUACAUGUAUUCUACUAUAUCAUAGCUUUAUUAUAAUGUUUAAAUUAUUGUACAUAAUAUGCAUGUAAAAAAAAUAAAAAUGUUACUUUUUUUUUUUUUUAGUUGUUACGUAGUUUGAGAUUUAUCUAAACUGUGAUUUUAGUUUCUCAUGCCACUUUAGAUACUUUUCUAGUUAAUGUAUAUCUUUUUUUUUUUUUAUUAUUGCUAUAGUCAUUUCACUAUUGCCAAAGUCAUGUUCGGGUUACUAUGUUAACAAUUAAAAUAUAUUAAUGUUUGAUCUGUUGAUUUAAUAAUUGACAUAUCCACAAAAUUUUAAACCAAUGAGAAUCUUAAUAGUUAAUAAAAACAUUAUUGAUGAUGUUUUUUUUUGAAAUUAUCUCUGAUUUUGAAAAAGUGAACAGUUAGUAUAUUUGAAUGACCUUCUUAGUCACAUUAUUGUUUAUGCCAAACAAAUCUGUUAAUUCUAUAAGACUUAUUUAUCCUUAAAACAUUUAGAUUAAUAUUUAUAAUAUUUGAAGCCAAAUUUCUUUUAGCAUAAGUUAAAAAAAAAAAUACUUUCAUUCUAAUAGUGUUAGUAUAUAGGUGUUUAUGUUUAAAACAGCACACUAUUUUUCCUUGGCACAGUCUACAAAAGAGUUCACAGUUCAGCAGCAAUAAAGUUGGCUAGAAGAAGAAGAAUAGGUGUUUAUGGACCAGAUAUAAUACUAAGUAACAGUGAUAUAUUAGUUAUCUUUUCAAAUAAAUAUAGAUUUGAUACAUGCAUACUUUUUCCUCUAUAUUUCAGAUAAGGAUAAGGCAAUGUUGUAAUUAAUAUUUUUCAUUGUAAUUUGCCUUGGUAAUUUUGAGGGUUUUUUUUAAUCAGCUAACUAGUUGUAUUACCAUUUGUGAAUGAAAGAUAUUUAACCUAAUUAUUUUAUGAAAUAUAUAAAUUAGAAUUUCCUUUUUUCUAACAUAUAAUCAAUUUGGCUAAGUCUGGUGAGCAGAAUGUUGGCAUUAUCAUUGCUUAGUAGUACAUUAUUAAUUUUGUUUUAAAUCACUCAAUAUUUGAAUUGGUGGCAUAUAAUUGCUGUGAUAAAUAAUUGUAUAAAUAUAUAUUAUUUAGCAAAAAUACAUUAUUUGUUUCUUUUUGCCAGUGCAUUUUUAUUUAUUUUUUUUAAAUACCCAAUUACUUGGGCAAUUGUUGAGUAGGAUUCUAUUUUGAGAUUUAAAAAAAAAACAUUUUUACAGUUAAUUUUAUGUUUAAAACUCAGAUAAAAUGCUUUCAUAACAAGAAAAAUAAACAUUUAUAUGCUACAAAACUAUUACUUUUACCAGUAUAUGAUAAAUUUCCUAAUUCUGCUUUGACUAUUAAAAAUAUGCUUAAAAGUAUGUAUUUAACAAAAAUCUUUGAUUCAAGUGAAUUGAAAGAACGAAAAAAAAAAAAGUAUAAAAUAAAUCAAAGCUAUUGUCACUUUUAAAAAAAUCCAGGCAAAGCAGAAUAUAAUUUUGUUCGUUUCUAUUCUGCAUAAGUGUUAUAUUGAAUGCUUUGGGAUUCCACAGAAUAAAACUAUUUCAGGCAAACUUUAAAAUGUCCAAAGUAGAAAGAUAUUUGUAAGUAAAAUAUAACAAAUAAAAAAAAAAACAACUAACAAGGUAUCUUUCUUAAGAUUAAAAUUAUAUUUAUUUGUCUUUGUAAUAAAUUCUUUGACAGUUUAUCAAAUACAUUCUUAAACAGAUCAUAUUUUUUAAAGUAGUUCUCAUUAUUUUAAAAAAAUGUAUUUUGAUUAGAUUCUUAUAAUCAGUUUUUAAUGAGAAAUUAAAUGAUAUUUAGCAGGUAAAAUAGUAACAGUAGUACAAAGUUUGUUUUUUAUAAUACUCAAAGUACAACUUGUUAUUUGAAAAUGAUUUUCUCUGUUUCUCCUAAACACAAAACAAUUUUUAAACAAUGUUAAAAUGGCUUGUACCCUUUUAUUACAGCUCUUCACCCAGUAUUUACUCUUUUGAAUUAUCUUGGGUAGAUCUAGAUAAAAUGUUGAGAGCCAGCCAAAGAGAACUUGGUAAACUGUUCUUGAAUUUUCCAAAUAUUGAACAAACUAUAUUCAAUAGCUCCAGCUGCCUGUUUUUUUUUUUAUUUUGCAUCCAAUAGUAAAAUAUUUUUUCAAUA